GUUUCGCUGCAAGCGCCGAGAUGUCGCCGAACACGGCUCACCCCAAGCGGCGGGGGAACGGCUAGCGGCGGAGCCGGCUUUGUAGAGGGAGGGGAGAAUGCUGCGUUGCCAAUGCCAGAAAGAGCCGAGAGGUGUCUCAAAUGUGGGACUCGUUUAUCAGUGAAACCUGCCCGCCGCCUCUCCCUUUCCCUCGGCUCCCCUGCGCGCUGCGCUGGGCCGGGGAAGCAGCAGGAGCAGCCGCAGCCGCCUGAGCUCCGCGGCUGGGCGGCGGCAGGGAUCAUGGCCGCCCCUCAGCAGCCCCAGCCCCUGCAGUACAGCGUGAGGCUGCUGCUGGUGAGCGAGGAGCAGCUGCGGGGGGGGCUGCAGCUUGCCAGCCCCAACCAGGGCGCGCUCCAGCUGGCGGUGCAGCCGGGCGAGGAGGAUGCAGACGUGACUGUGACAGACGCUGAUGGAGUCUGUGUGUUUAAAUGCUUGGUUAACAGAGACACUGAAUACUGUCGUGUGGGCAAAGAGUCUGUCCUAAUUACACUGGGGUACAACAGUGCCUUACUCCAAUUCAAGUCACAUUCUGAAUACAGCACAUUUUCAAAUGCACUGAAGAGGUGCCGGAAUCAGAAGAAGGAACACUCCGUUUUCAAUCAGCGAACAGAAGAGGCAUCUGCUGCUCAGUAUUUUCAGUUCUAUGGCUGUCUAUCUCAACAACAGAAUAUGAUGCAGGAUUUUGUGAGGACGGCCACAUAUCACAGAGCUAUUCUACAGAACCACAUAGAUUUUAAAGACAAGGUGGUCCUAGAUGUUGGCUGUGGAUCAGGAAUCCUUUCGUUUUUUGCAGUGCAGGCUGGAGCUAGAAAAGUCUAUGCAGUUGAAGCCAGCUCAGUGGCAAAAUAUGCCGAGAUACUAGUGAGAAGUAACAACCUCUCUGAUAAGAUCAUGGUUUUAUCAGGUAAAAUUGAGGAAAUCUCUUUACCAGAGAACGUCGAUGUGGUUAUUUCUGAACCUAUGGGUUACAUGCUGUUCAAUGAGAGGAUGCUGGAAAGUUACCUCCAUUCCAAAAAAUGGUUGAAGUCAAACGGAAUGAUGUUUCCAACAUUUAGUGACAUUCAUUUGGCUCCUUUUUCCGAUGAGCAGCUCUACAUGGAACACUACUCCAGAGCCAAUUUUUGGUACCAGCAGUGUUUUUAUGGGGUCAAUCUAUCCAGUCUCCGCAGUGCAGCAGUGGAUGAGUACUUCCGACAACCUAUCGUAGACACUUUUGACAUCAGAAUUUUGAUGGCUCGGACAGUGAAGUACACUGUUAACUUUACAGAAGCUGAAGAGGAAGAUUUGCAUAGAGUGGAAAUCCCCUUCGUUUUCCAGAUGAUGCAGUCCGGACUAAUCCACGGCCUGGCUUUUUGGUUUGACGUGGCAUUUGUGGGAUCACUGGUAACUGUUUGGUUGUCAACUGCUCCGACGGAACCUUUAACUCACUGGUAUCAAGUACGCUGCCUCCUUCAGACUCCCCUCUUUGCGAAAGAAGGGGAAACUCUCUCAGGGAAAGUCCUGUUUGUAGCGAAUAAACGACAGAGUUAUGACAUUCAGAUUGUGGCUGUGGUGGACCAGACAGGCUUUAAAUCUGGUAACAUCCUUGAUUUAAAGAAUCCAUUUUUUAGUCAUUCCUUCCUUCAUGACGCUGUUUCCAAGGGCUUCCUGUUCACUUUGGGGCAUGCUGGCUGUCUGCUCCCCACUCCACAAAUCCUCAGGAGGACUUGCUUCCAUAAUCUGUAAGCCUGUUUUGGAAGGAGGUAGCGGUAGGUUUCUGAGGCAGUUGCCACCUUGCCUUUUCCUCCUUGUCACACAUUCACACUGCAGCAGCAGGAACAUAAAGAAUUGAUGGACUAAUAGAAAUGGUGGAAUUGAUUUUUCUAGGGUCUUUUUAGAGGUGCACAUGGGAAAUGGUGUUUCCCUAUUUCGUUACGUGUUUCCCACAUUCAUUAGACCUUCAUGAUGACUCCUUUGUAAGCUUUUCAAGGCAGGCUGUCCUAUGUGUGUGGUGAAAUUUUAGGCAUUUUCCCUUUCCUUUAUACAUGCACCACAUUCGAGAUUCUCUUUUUAAGAAUGGGUCACUUUGUGUAUACUUUAAAAUGCAGUUAAAUAAAUAGAUUGUUUGGGCAAACCUGCAGUGAUUCUAAGCAAAUCUCCAUGGUGUAAAAACUGCAUUUCCUCAGACCUGCCAUUUGACAUGUACAUUUUCCCUGUUGAGUGCAAUUGUCUGCCCAUACCAGAAGAAAGACAGGAGGCAAUGGAUGUGGUUUAAUUAGGCUGCAACUUUAUUCACCUAAAAUACCUGGGAGUACCCGGCAAUAAAUGUCAGGUCAUCAUCAUUUCUUUAAUCCAGUGGUUCCCAAACUUGUUCCACCGCUUGUGCAGGGAAAGCCCCUGGCGGGCCGGCCAGUUUGUUUACCUGCCGUGUCCGCAGGUUCGGCUCUGUAAAAUGCUACCAUUUUGACUUGGUAGCAUUUCUCACUUCCUUUGCAUAGGAGGCAGGGCAAUGGAGAACCAAACUCAAGAAUUGUAAACAAGGAGAGCAAAAAAGACCUCCCAUAUAAAUUCUGCAAACACAUUGCAUUUUAGCAUAUGCAGUAGCAUUCUGGUGACUUUGUAUUUUAUUUUAUUUUCAAUACAAACCCAGAUCCAGAUCCUCAGCUGAUGUAAAUCACCCUAGUUUCACAACACUAGCCUGAUUUAUGCUGGCUGAAGAUCCAGCCCACUGUAUUUCCUGUCUUAUGGGGCCCUUAUUACAUCUGACAUUCUGCCUUAUAUAUAUUAAGGGACUGUCGUUUAACUGUUCUCCCCAGGCCUAAUCAGAAAAGCCACAUAGAUAUUAUUUCAUUUGCUUAAUUCAGUUAGAGCCAUCAGCCAUCAAAGACUGUUUUAUUUUAACUACUGUGUUCUCUCCUAUCCAUAUUUCUUUUUAGGUAUGCCUAGAAUAUAUUGUUAUAUGGUAAAUGAAAAACAGAAACAAGAUUCUCACCAA